AUGUUCGGACCGUUGGAUCAGGCUCAAACUCACAUGUCAGACUUGAUUAGACGUCGUAGGGCGGUGACGACUACACCGAGUUCGGAGCCCCCGGCUCGGCCGUAUCGGCUGCCACUGCUCCAGCACUGCGCUAGGAGGCAGCACUGGCCCGCCAGCACCACCGACACCACAUCGACUGACGUAUUGUCCUAUCCCUUUGCAGCGAAGAGGAACACCCGAGGGCCGUGUCGGCAACUGAAGACGGCGAAAGUCACCUGGGUGACCAACAGUCGUAUCAGCAUCGGAUACGACGAGCACCAUCGAGCUGCACCGACGGCCGAGUUGCAUAGCUCCUUGGCCCAUGACAUUGGCCACGUCGUUCGUACCCAUUGCCCGAUGCAAUGGAAGUCUUGGAAGGUCAUGCCUGACGAGAUCAAGAUGGAGGUUCGCGGUCAGUUGUCGACGAACUACCACUUAGAGGACCUCAACGAGGAGUCGAUGGCGUACGUCAACAGACUCUUCGGUGAGAGGUACAAGCAGUGGAAGAGUGACUUGCACCACCAUUUUGAGGCGUUUGAUGAUCUGCAAGUCGCUCUUCAGGAGGGUUGCCCGAAGGAGCUUGAGGGGCGGGAGGAUAGUUGGGCAUGGCUCUGCGCUCAUUUUCAGGCGCCCGAUUAUGUGAAUAAAGCCCAAGUGAAUAAGGGCAAUAGGAAGAAGAAGACUCUUCUCCACCAUUCCGGCUCCAGGCCCUUCUCAUAUAGGAUGGAUGCACGGCGUUGGGGGGGGUCGAAAUUCCCAGAGAUCGACGUCUUUGGUGACGUUUAUGUUCGACUUGGGAAUGAGUUGGCCGAGUCCCUUCAUACGACGAUUGUGGAGAGGAGCCAGUUGGUUCUUCAGGAGUCCGCCUCCCAACUUCCUCCCGAGACUCCGAUCGAGUCUGUGGAUCCUCCACAGGAUGCUGGAUUUCAGAUUUUGACGCAGACGUUGGAUCAGACUCUCGGGAGGAGGCCGGGAACAUAUUGUAGGGGGAUGGGGAAUGCCCGACAGAAGGGAACCUCGACCGCGGUCAUCGUCGCAGGCAAACAAUCAGGUGACUGUUUUGACAUCGCGGGUUGCCGAGCUUAG